AUGGAAGACAUAACACUGUCGAGCAUUCCUAAGAUCAGCGGAUCAGAUGUUGAGUAUGCUGCUGAGGAACCAAUCGCGUCAGAUAUCUGGAACAAGAUUAACAAUCGGGAAGUACGGGUUCCUCGGCGCAAGCCCCUGCAGAAGACGGCUGAACAGAAGGUUGCGACCAUCCGCGCCGUCACCUGA